AUGGAUAAUAAGAGGGCUAACACGGAGCAGGCCAUGAAGCAUAAACGACAGCGCGAAGUCGGAGGAUUCGCUGGUGGAAAGAGGACCCGUGCGGAAACCAAGAAAAGGCGUCCGGAAAGGGCUCGGCGACCCGAAGCUAGGCAUCCCUAUGAUAAGCCUAUCGUUCAUCCCUAUAGGCCGGCUCCUCAACACUCGGUACACGAGGUACAAGCGGUCGCUCCACCUCCACCCCCGCCGACUGACGAUCGCGUGACGAACGAAGAGACAGGUAAGAUCUCUAAGUACUGCCGCUAUCAUAAAUCUUACACUCACAGCACGGAAGAGUGCUUUUACUUGAAAAAGAUCAUGGAAGGAAUCAUCCAACAAGGGACCCCGCCUCCUAAUCAGUGGAGGCAGAGGUCGGCGGCACGGGAGGACAAUGACCCCGCAGUCGCCGCCGAGAGCAGUCGCGGCAAGCAGCCAGUGACCGAGGAAGAUGAGGCCCAGUGGCGUCAGAAGCCGGUUAUCAACAUGAUAGUCGACGGACCAGAAGGGGGCGACUCGGCGAACACCAGAAAGGCCUGGGCUCGACAGUUGUAUGUCGGGACAGUAUACGGGCGCGAAGAAGGCUCGAAGAAAGUGUGCCGGGAGCCCAUCACGUUCACUAACAAGGACCUACCCACGGGGGAGACACCGCAUCAAGAUGCCCUGGUCAUAGCGAUGGACGUAAAUGGGGUAGUCGUUCGACGAAUCCUGGUUGACACCGGGAGCAGUGUCAACGUGCUAUACCUCGAGACUUUCACAAAAAUGGGACUAACCCGAGAGCAGCUGAAUCCAGUCAAGACGCCACUCGCCGGUUUCACCAGAGACUCGGUGGAGGCAGAGGGAUCCAUUACCUUACCGGUGGAAGUUGGCAGCUAUCCCGACGUACAGAAGCUCAGCAUGAAGUUCAUCGUGGUGAACCUAGCCUGCUCACACAAUGCUAUACUCGGCCGACCAGGCCUGGAGGACCUAGGAGCACUGAUCUGGAUUGAGCACCUCUGUCUGAAAUUCCGCACACUGAGCGGGAUAGGCACGGUACGUUGCGAUAGAAGAGUCGCCCGCGACUGCUAUCUACAGGCCUGCAGGGGGAUGGGCAAGCGUGAAAUGCAAGUCCACGAGAUCACGGAAAGGCACCCAAGAAAGCGAUGA